AUGUUGUUCAAGAACACUGCCGCACCCUUGGGCGCCCUGCUGGCCUUUUGUCCCUCUACAUUGGUCGCUCAAAACACUGCUUGUCAGACCACGACAGUGCAAGCAUCCGUGCCGAAUAACACCAAUGUCGCCCUGCAUUCUUACUCGUACUGCGGUGGCAGCCUGGAUGUUUCAGUCUACAUCGCCAAUGUUAAUUACAACAAAGUGGUCACUUUGUACUACACAGACAGCCAGGGUGUUUCUACACCCUUGACAUCAGUCUCCCUCGGCUACAACUCGAGUAUUCCAGAUACCAACUAUGAGUUCUGGAGUGCAAAUACCCCGGUCUACCUCGAUGGCCUCACUGAGCUUUUGAACCUUACCUACCAGGCUACGGACAUUGGGCAGACCUAUGUACAACAAUUGCAGCUCGCUGUCAAGGCCAGUGGCAGCCCCCCUCCUGCUCCUGCGGCCAUUCCAUCACCUUACGCAUCUCCAAGCGGUUUCUCCGAUGAUAUCACUGCCUGGCUGGCUCCCAGCAAUGGCUCACAGGCCGACUUCUCGAAGACACACAUGUUCCUGAACAUCAAUCCCGACAUUGAUGGCGCUGUCAAAGGCACUGUAGUUGCCGCUCGGUCAGGCCCUUCCUAUGACCAGAAGCUUCCAGACUACGAAUAUGAUUGGGUCCGCGAUUCGUCUUUGACCAUGGAUGUUGUCCAAUCUCUGUACGCAGCAUCCAGGGUCGACAAGUUGACCCGCAAGUACAAAGACAUGCUCUUCCAUUAUGCACAAGGUAGAGCUGUCGAACAGACCGAUCCGUCGCUCACAUUCGCGGGCCUCGGAGAGCCCAAAUUCUACCUGAACAAUACUGCCUUUACCGGUCCUUGGGGCCGACCUCAGAACGAUGGACCCGCGACCGCGGCGAUCACACUCAUGGAGUUCGCCAAUGAUUACAUGAAAAAAGGUGGAAGCUUGUCUUCUGUCCGCGAUCGCAUUUAUAAUUCGACAUCCAACCCUCAGGAGGCGCCAGUCCUCAAAGACUUGCUCUUUGUGGCCAGCAACUGGAGCUCGCCCAGCUUUGAUCUGUGGGAAGAGGAGGAAAGCACCCACUUUUACACACGUCUCGUCCAACGCCGUGCCUUGGUCAUGGGUGCCAAGUUCGCAACCAUGCUUGGUGAUGGAGCAACCAGCGAUACGCUCUCAUCUGCUGCCAUUCAACUAACUGCCACACUCGACCAGUUCUGGAGCCCAAACAGAAAGCUCAUCCUCUACGAGUACGGCCCUGUGUUGCAUGGCAAGAGCUCGUUCAUCGAUAUUGCGGUCAUCCUCGGUGUGAUUCAUGGGUAUGCUGGUGAUGAUGUAUACUCAUACACCAAUGACAGAGUGCUCGCGUCGGCUCUGAAGAUCUCCACCAGCUUCCUCGAUGUCUAUCCAAUUGCCAAUGUAACGAAAGCCUCGAACGGUCUUCCUCUUGGUAUUCCUAUCGGCCGUUAUCCCGAAGACGUCUACAACGGUGUAGGCACUUCGUCCAAUGGAGGCAACCCGUGGUAUUUGACCACCGCCACCAUGGCUCAGUACCUCUACUCGGUUGCUUCAGAGUUACAGACCGCAGGCAGCCUGACAGUCAACAAUGUCACUGCGCCUUUCUUCGCAUACUACGCGCCCGCGGCUGGUCUGAAGCUCUCUAAACCCUACUCUUCCAACACUCAAGAAUUUGCCUCUGUAAUUGCCAGCUUGAAGGGAUGGGGUGACGCAUACAUCCGGCGCAUCAAAUAUCACACCGCGGCCGGCGGAAACUUGGCCGAGGAGUUCAAUCGCAACAAUGGUAUUGCACAGGGAGCAGCCGACUUGACCUGGAGUUAUGCUUCGCUUCUUACUGCUGCUUUUGCCCGUGCCGCUCUAUCAGGCGACGAAAGCUACGUCCAGAAGAUUGCAGCUCUGGCAUAUGAAUAG